AUGAUUAAUGAAUAAACUAUUUAAGAUAUGGUACCAUACAUAUGGCCAGAGGAUUAUGAUGAUCGUCUCUAAUUUAGUUUGGAUUUGAAAUAGGAAUUUUUAAAUUUCAUAGUUUUAUGUCCUUAGCUAAAGGAUUACGUAUUAUAAACAAUGUAGAAAAUCUCAGAAGAAGCUCCAUAUUUGGAUCUAUAAGAGAUAUUCCAAAUUGAUUAAGACAAAACUCAUAAAUUAUACAAAGUUCUAUACCCUCUUCACUCCAACAAUACAUUAAUUGAUUUCAAAUAACCAGUUUCAAUCAAAGCCCUUUAAAAAUUGAUAUCUGAUUCAUAUAGGUUGUUUAAUCGAAGCUUCCUAGACUACUAAUGCAAAUUAGUUACCUAUGCAAAGUAUUAUAAAGCAUCUGUCUCUAUAUUCAAGAAAUCCAUCAAUCAAAUGUAUAUAGAUUACAAUACAUUAAAUUUUGUUUGUUCUUGUGCUACUAAGUAGUGCAUUACUUUAAAUAGAUUAUGGAAAGAUUAUGAUGAUACCUCUGAGAAAUACAAGAAAUUGUAGUUAUCUCUUUAAAAAUUGGAACAAAUGUAAAAACCAGAUGAUCUUACUCAUUAUUUCAAUAGAUAAUAACUCAUACUUAUUUAUACACUCUUUAGUCUUAUGUAAUGUGAGCAAACAAUUGCUAUUCAAUUAGGGGAAUAGUAUAUACCCUUACAACAUUCACCUCUUGAACCUCACUUCGAGGAAUAGACAGAAGAUUUCUCUUGGAAUAUCAAUGGAUUUUCUUAAAUUAGAGAUUAUUUUCCUAAAUUGGCACAUAAACUCAAUAAAAGAAUGAAAAUCCUUAAAGACUUUCCUCUAUUCACUAUUCAAGAUCGUAUUAAAAUCUAUUAAUAUACCUAACAUUAAUUAGGUUAUAAAAAAAUCGAUGAUAUUCAUGUAAUCUAACAAUAAAACAUAAGUGACAUCCUAAAUUAUAGAUAAGCAAACUGUGAUGUAGAAUUAAUACUUCUAGUUGCAAAUGCUAAAUGCUAUACACAAAUACUCUAUUCAUUGAUUUGA